AUGUUUCUCCGCAAGAAAAGCUCGCUGACGUCCAACAUCCUGGGCCGGCCGCCGGCGGACAUCCGCGAUAAGUUCCUGAUGGGGAAGGAGCUGGGCAAGGGGCAGUUCGGCGUGACGUACCUGUGCACGGAUAAGGUCACCGGCGAGCAACUCGCGUGCAAGUCGCUCGCCAAGCGACGGAUCGGGUCGAAAGAAGAGGUCGAGGAUAUCAGGAAGGAGAUCGCCAUCAUGCAUCACCUCGGCGGCCAUCCCCACAUCGUGCAGCUGCGCGGCGCCUUUGAGGACAAGCACAACGUGCACAUCGUCAUGGAGCUCUGCGCGGGCGGCGAACUCUUCGACCGCAUCGCCGCCCGGGGCCACUACAGCGAGCGGGCGGCAUCGGCUCUCUUCAAGACCAUGAUGGGGGUAGUUGACCACUGCCACCAGAACAAUGUCGUUCACCGGGACUUAAAGCCCGAGAAUUUUCUUCUCGCGGAUCGGAGGGAGGAUGCGCCGCUGAAGGUGGCGGAUUUCGGGCUGUCGUCGUUUUACAAGGAGGGGGAGGUGUUUUCUGAGACGGUGGGGAGCGCGUUCUACGUGGCGCCCGAGGUGCUCAAGGGGAAGUAUGACAAGGCGUGUGAUGUGUGGAGCUGCGGGGUCAUUCUCUACAUCCUGCUCAGCGGCACCCCGCCCUUCUGGGGAGACACGGAGAAGCAGAUCUUCCAGCAGGUGCUCAAGGCAACCCCGGACUUUGCAGCGGACCCCUGGCCGCAGGUUUCGGACUCGGCCAAGGACCUGGUCAAGCGCAUGCUGCACCCCAACCCCGCUCUGCGCAUCUCCUCUGCUGACGUGCUCCGCCAUCCAUGGCUGUCCCACGAGAAGCAGUCUGACAAGCCGCUGGGAGAGGCGGUGCUGAAGAGAAUCAAGAAGUUCUCUGCUGCCAACAAGAUGAAGAAGCUGGCGCUCAAGGUGAUAGCGUGCAACCUGAGUCGCGAGGAGAUCCUGGGGCUGAAGAAGCUAUUCAAGGGGAUGGACAAGGACGGCAGCGGCAGCAUCACGUUUGCUGAGCUCAAGACCGGCAUGCAGAAGCUGGGCAACCCCAUGUCGGAGGAGCAGCUGCAACAGAUCAUGGAAGCGGCGGACAUGGACCACAGCGGCACGAUCGACUACACGGAGUUCAUCACAGCAACGAUGCAGAUGAACAAGGUGGAGAAGGAGGAGCACAUUUGGAAGGCCUUCCAGCACUUCGACCGCGAUGGCAGCGGGUUCAUCACGGUGAGCGAGCUGAGGGACGCCCUGGCGAAUGAGGACAUGCUGGAGCCGGGCGAGCUGGAGCAGAUCAUUGAAGAGGUCGACACGGAUAAGAGCGGCACGAUUGACUACGAGGAGUUUGCAGCCAUGAUGAGGAAGCAAGACCCGGAGACAGCCGGGGCACAGAAGCAGAGGCGGACCCGCAACAGUGAGAAAAUUAAAGUUCCGUUGCCGGGACUUGAACCCGGGUCUUUCGGUCGCGAUCCGUCCACCCUUCGCUACGCUUACGUCACCCUCCUCUGCGAUGACGUCAUGGCGCCCGGAGCCCUGGUGCUGGUGCAUUCGCUGAAGCGCACGCGCACGCCGCACGACGUGGUGGUGCUGACGAUGAACGUGAGUGAGGGCACGGCGGCGCGGCUGCAGCUGCUGGGGGCGAGGGUGAAGCAGAUCGAGGAGGCGAUCCCUUACCCGUUUCCUGCGACGCCGAAUAGGGUCGCCAUCAACAAGCCAUGCAGGUAUUCCAAGCUGUGGAUGUGGACCCUCACGGAGUACCACCGCUUAGUCUACGUCGAUGCCGACCUGCUCGUAUUGAGCAGCCUGGACGAGCUCUUUUGCCGCGCUGAGCUGACUGCUGCACCGGACACCAUCCCUCCUGACCGCUUUAACAGUGGCUUGAUGGUUGUGGCUCCUAGUGACGAUACGUUUAGGGACAUGCUGAGCAAGGUAGCAACAACCAAGUCACCCAAUGUUGGCGAUCAGGGCUUUCUCAACAACUACUUCUCCGACUGGUAUUCCCAAGGCCCCUCCCGCCACCUGCCCUACGCCUUCAACCCACUCGUGCGCCUCAGCGGGUGGGAGGGGUGGGAGAAGUUCGUGCAGCCGCAGCUGAGAGUGCUGCACUUCUCUGGGAGCACCAAGCCGUGGAACACCAUGGAGGACAAGCAGGCAGGUGACUAUAACGGGAGGACAAGCAGGCAGUUCCCUACCACUCGCAGCUUGGAUCAUAUCUGGCUCGCUGCUCACAACGACAUGCUGCAGGCCCUUGCAAAAGCCAUGGCUGCUGCGAAGACAGCUGGAAAUGGUAGUGGCAGCAGCAGCACAGGCGCAAGGGAGCUUUCUGGUAAAAAUGCAGCAGCAGGGGAAGGGGAUGGUGGAGUUGAGACGAUCGGGGCGAGCGGUGAAUAUGCCCCGCUUUCUUCCGCCUGCCAAGAGGAGGGACCCACAAACGCCAGGCCUGUUGUUCUUCUCCCUCUCUGCAAUCCACCAGCAACUGCUCGCUUCAGGCCCAUUCUGUCCCUAACUACUGCUGCCGUCUUGGUGAUAGAUGACACAAUGCUGGUCCCCUCUCCCCUCCUCGCCACAUCCCUCGUGCGAUGGCGGGAAACACCCAACCGCCUGCAUGGCUUCCUCCCUUCCGCCCACUUCCGCCUCUCCAAGGGCCCCCUCAAAGGGCGAUUGGCCGUGCAUGCUUCCCUGGGGCCGGGAGGGGACUAUUCGGUGGUUACUGGCGCUCUGCUGCUGCAUAGGAACUACCUGCAUUAUUUUAGCUGCACGAUGAGAGAGGAGGCGCGGCGGUAUUUGGAGGGAGGAGAUGAGGGAGACGGUGGGGGAGGGAGUGAGGGAGGGAGUGAGGGAGGGAGUGAGGGAGGGAGUGGGGGAGGCGGUGGAGGCGGUCUGUCCAAUCCGGCGGCGAGGGCGUGUGCUGACGUGGCGAUGAACAUGCUGGUGACUCAUCUGUCGGACCUGUCACCGUUGACCAUCUACGACUCAACACAGGAGGUUCAAGGGCCCUUCCCCUUGCCCCCUGCGCCUGCCAUGGGUAGGUGUCUCAACGACCUUGCCAUUCACAUGGGCAUCAUGCCUCUUAGGAGCACCAUCGAUGCAGCUACAGUCAUGCAUAAGGACUCGCACAUAUACGAGCCCAAGGUUCGUGUGCGCCCGGCGCCGCUCCUCUUCUCCCCGAUACUCAACGCCUCCCUCCCAACCACCCUCCUCCACCUCAUCCCCCGCCGCUACCGCCGCUUCCUCCCCAGCUUGGAGAGCACCCACCCGCGCGUACUAUCUGUUCCGGGGGAUGCUGCUCCCAAGCAUGCUGUGUGCCUGCGGGUGAGUUUCUUUAGCAACUGCCAUCCUGCCUUGGGGGACAGCACCCACCCGCGCGUGCUAUCUGUUCCGGGGGAUGCUGCUCCCAAGCACGCCGUGUGCCUGCCUGCGGCUGAGGACUCCAAAGCAGCAGUGGAGCUCUCUCUCUCCGAAGCCAUCUCGUCCCCGGUCACCGCACUCCACCUCUCCGGAACCUCUGUCUUCGCUUCCACUCCCUCCACUGCAACCAUUACAAGCCCAAGCACACCCAUCAGCAGCAGAGAGAAAGAUGAUAUCAUGCACAAGGGGAUGAAUGGAGAUGAAGGAAUGAUGAUGUUAGGGUUUGAUGAUCCGUUUGCCGUGUUCCAUCUGGCAGCAAGAUUGGCUGUGUGGCGAAAGUCCGAAGGCUGCUUUGCUCCCUCCCGCCUGCUGCUCUUCCACGGCGACCAACUGCAACCAACA